AUGGGUACUCUCAACGAGAAGACGGGUGACACCAUUGAAGCCGUUACGCCGGCCCAGGUGGACCCCAAGGUUAGACAACCUUCCAGUUUUCGAGAGUGGAUCUUGCUAAUGGUAUCUCAGAGGGAGAGUUUCGAUGAGAAAAUCUCUGUGGAGGAGGUUGCGAGACAGCUGAAUGCAACCGCCGAGGAGGUUCUCGAAGCCAGGGAACACGCUCGUGGCCUCUCUCUUGAGGACGCACGUGAAGCCGCCCAGACGCUCGUCUCCCAACAUGGGCUCGAUCCGAACUUCCCUGCCGGGGCCCUCGAGCGCCUCAAGGAAUUCCUUGCCAAUGAAGACAUCUUCGCCAACCCGGAUUCUCAUGCCCGUGAAAUAUCCGAGGCCAAGGUUGAGGUUUCGUUGUUGACUACGAACAGCCCAUACGCCGAAGUUCGUGCCGUUGUUGAUCCACACGAUGAUCCUAGUAUGCCUGUGUCUACAAUCAGAGCCUGGGUUAUUGGGUUGGCGUUUGUUGUCUUCAUCGCUUUCAUCAACCAGCUAUUCAGUGUGCGCCAGCCCUCAAUCAUGCUGCGAGCUGAGGUUGUCCAACUGCUAGCAUAUCCAAUUGGUAAAGCCGCGGAGAAGUUCCUUCCCGAUGUUGGUUUUACCUUGUUUGGAGUUCGACAUAGCCUAAACCCGGGUCCUUUUAACAAAAAGGAACAUAUGCUUAUCUCCAUCAUGGCAAGUGUUGGAAAGACGCUGCCUAGCUCAAGAUAUAUUAUCUUUACUCAGUGGAUGGACCGAUACUUUGGCCAGAAGUACGCCAAGUCGUUCAGCUACCAAAUCCUCCUGGCUCUCUCCACAAACUUGAUGGGUUUCGGUUUGGCCGGUCUCUGCAGGCGUUUUUUGGUGUAUCCAUCCUUCUGUCUUUGGCCUGCGUCUCUGGUCACGAUUGCUUUGAAUAGUUCUCUUCACAGCGAGACAAACCACCCCGUCCCCGGCCCCUUUAAGAAGAUUUACAGCAUAUCCCGUUAUCGCUUCUUCAUGGCUGCCUUUGCUGCCAUGUUUGUCUGGUUCUGGUUCCCUGACUACAUCUUUGGCGCCCUCUCGCUUUUCAACUGGGUGGCCUGGAUUGCGCCCAACAACUUCACUCUGACUGCCAUCACGGGCGUCCGAAAGGGUCUCGGAUUCAAUCCGAUCCCGACUUUCGACUGGAACGUCGUUACUCAUGUCGUCCAGCCCCUUGUCGUCCCUUUCCGAGUCACCUUCAACACCUUCAUUGGUGUUUUCAUUGGCGGUAUCACCAUUAUCGGCCUCUACUGGACGAAUUCCUACAACACUGCUUACCUCCCCAUCAACUCGAACCUCAUGUACAAUCACUUUGGUGGUUCGUACAAUGUUUCCAGGAUUUUGGACGGCCGCGGGUGGUUGGACGAGGCAAAGUACCAGGCCUACUCCCCGGUUUACCUUGCGGCGAGCAGUAUCACCAUGUACUACUACUUCUUCGCUGUGUAUGCUGCGACCAUCUCUUACGCCGUCUUGUACCACCGUCAUGAUAUCGCACUCGGGUUCAAGAGCUUGAUCCGCAGCUUCAAGAAGGAGGCAUCGCACGAUUUCAAGGACGUUCACACCAGAAUGAUGAACAAUUACCCCGAGGUUCCCGAGUGGUGGUACGCAGUUCUCAACCUUGUUGCCAUUGCCUUUGGUGUUGCAGCUGUUGCAGCGUGGCCAACUGAGACGAGCGUUGGCGUCGUAUUCUUCGGCAUUGCCCUUGCUUUGGUAUUCGUUAUCCCCACUGGAAUUAUCUUUGCCACAACCGGCAUGGAAGUUGAGUUCAAUGUUCUUGCCGAGUUCAUUGGAGGUGCGUGGGAGCCAGGUAAUGCUCUAGCCAUGAAUUUUUUCAAAUGCUUUGGCUACGUUACCACCGCUCACGCCCUUGACUUCGCCAAUGAUCUGAAGCUCGCGCAUUACCUCAAGAUUCCUCAGCGUCAUACUUUCUUCGCCCAGGUUGUGGCCGUCUUCGUCUCCGCCUUUGUCUGCACCGGUGUCAUGAAUUUCCAGAUCCAGAACAUUCCUGACCUGUGCUCAACCAACCAGAAGGACCGCUUCACUUGCCCCGGCGUCAACACGUACUUCACUGCAGCUGUCCUAUUUGGCAGCCUAGGCGCCAGGAAGGUGUUUGGAUCAGGCGGCAUCUACACCGCUCUCCUGUCGGCGUUCCCCGUCGGUUUCGCCAUCCCCAUCAUCUUUUACAUCUUCCAAAGAAAGUUUCCCCGCACGCACUGGGUGGCCAAGAUCCACCCUGUCAUGAUCCUCAGCGGCGGUAUGAGUUGGUCUCCUUAUAACAUUGCGUACAUGUGGCCAGCAGUCAUUCCGGGCUGGUUGAGCAUGGUGUACCUUCGCCAGAGGUACCUUUCGUUCUGGUCCAAGUACAACUAUGUCUUGUCCUCUGCCUUCUCGACGGCUAUUGCCAUUGCUGCCGUAGUUAUCUUCUUUGCUGUCAGCUAUCAUGGCUUCGAGAUUGACUGGUGGGGCAAUAACUCUGAAAAGGGAUGCGAAUCCACGGCUUGCACUCUGCUUAAAAUGCCCAAGGGAGAGUACUUUGGGCCGCGCAUUGGGACGUAUGCUGCUUAA